CUCGGUAGACCUUACGAACCGGAGGCACGGGGUCAGAGUCCGUAUGCGGAUCUCCGGAAACAAAGAGUGUUAAACCGCGUCUGUACUGACGGAAGGCGUGCUUGGGGUCCUGGCAGGCGCUGGGCUAACUUUUGAUCGCGUGUAAAAAAGCCCUGCCCCAGGAAGUUUCCUGUUUGCUGCAUUACAUAAUACAGUUGUCAAGUCUGGAAGAAUUUGGUGAAGAAGAUUUAAUUACAUCAGUGCUGUAAAAUAAUAUCCAGAGUAACAGUGAAGAUCUUUUGAAGCCACUAAGAAUCUGAUUGAAAGCAAUAAUGACUGACAUAGGAGAUGGACCACAUUUGGGGCAAGAUCUGGCAGAUGCAAAAUCUAUUCCAGCUUUUAAAGGAAAGAACCUACCUGCCAGCAAGUCUAUGGACUCUGGAAUCCUACCAGACCACAGUUACAGAAUGGAUUAUCCAGAGAUGGGGGAAUGUGUAAUAAUAAACAAUAAGAACUUCCACAGACAUACUGGGAUGUCACCCCGUUCAGGUACAGAUGCAGAUGCUAUGAGUGUCAGAGAAGUUUUUAUGAAGUUGGGAUAUAAAAUAAAGAUUAACAAUGAUCUUUCAUGUGGGGACAUUUUUAAACUAUUGAAAAAUGUUUCUGAAGAAGAUCACAGCAAGCGAAGCAGUUUUGUUUGCGUGUUGCUAAGCCAUGGCGAUGAAGGAUUGAUCUAUGGUACAGAUGGGCCUCUUGAACUGAAAGCAAUAACAAGCCUGUUCAGAGGUGACAGGUGCAGAAGUUUAGCAGGAAAACCCAAGCUCUUUUUCAUUCAGGCUUGUAGAGGGACAGAAUUAGAUUCCGGUAUUGAGACAGACAGUGGACCGGAAGAAUCAAUGUGUCAGAAAAUACCUGUAGAGGCAGAUUUCCUGUAUGCCUAUUCUACAGCUCCAGGCUAUUACUCCUGGAGGAAUUCAGCUGAAGGCUCAUGGUUUAUCCAGUCACUGUGUAAAAUGCUGAAGGAACAUGCAAAGAAUCUUGAACUCAUGCAGAUUUUAACUCGUGUCAAUCGCAGAGUGGCAGAGUAUGAGUCCUGCUCUACUCGACAGGAUUUUAAUGCAAAGAAACAGAUUCCAUGUAUUGUCUCUAUGCUCACCAAAGAAUUCUAUUUCCCUUCCUAAAAUUUUUCAGUUCAUGUUUUUUUAUCUGCGUUUUAUAUGCAAUACUAGUACAAAAUACAACUUUUAAGUCUGAAUAACUGUUCACUACUGUGUGAGGCAAAAUGAAGUGUCUCAAAGUUAGAUGUAUGUCUGUUGUUAGAAGUAAAACAUAGUAUGACAUAGAAAUGCAAAACUGAAGUAGCUGAAGCAGAUUUGAAAGUAGUGCUUUGAGUAUAUUGCAAAAAAUUAGGAAGAGGAGACCUGAAGAAAAGUCAGAUUGUUUAUUUGGAGCUGUUUGGUGCUACAUUUCACUUUGCUGAAGGGGCAGAGAAAAGAAAGGGUUCUUAUAAAUAGUUUGGUUUCAUAUCUUACAAAGAAGAUUCAGGGUGUCAGUGAUAGUAAUGUGAUAGUAGUGUCUUCAUACAUUUCUUCUUAACUCAAGUUCUUAAAGUUUAGGUUAGUUUAUAACUUAAACUAUUUCUACACCUUUGAGCAUGAACUGUGGAAAACAGCCAUUUCAUAUUUUUGCAUACAAUUACGAAGCAUGUUUUGAGUACAGUCAGUUUUUCCUGGUAAUUCCUGAUAAUUUAAUAAAUUUGUGUAUGGAAUAGUAGAUAAAAAAAAUUAUAUCAACAUGGUAGCUGUUUCAAAAUAAAUUUUGUGUUCUGACCUUGAAGCUGAGUGCCCAAGGGACCAGUCUUCCAAAAUGUCUUUUCCUGCAGGUCCCUAAGGGUGGAGCUGUUGGGGCAUAUUUGGGGCUAUAAGAACCUGUGCAAAAGGAAGUCUGCAUUCUGAACAGCCUGCUUUCCUCUUUUUAGCCUCAAAUAAGAAUGGCUUGGCUCUGGGCAUACCACAUGUAAUCUGUGGGAAAACCUAGAUUUCUGGUUCUGGAGAAAUUUUUACUUUGUAAUGCUAAUUCCACUCAGUUAAUUAGAAACUUUAGCUAAAAUACGUUAACAAAUAGUAAAUUUAUAUCUCUUGAGUCUGAGUUUUGUGAAACAGACUUCUACAAAAUUGCAAAGCAUUUUUGCUGGUAUUUCAACUUGCAACAGUCUUUUUAAGAUCAGUGGAAGACAGAAUAUGAAAUUAUUAUAGGUGCUUGCGAAACAAGACUUGAAACUCUUUUAAAAUUGUGUAGCAAAAACAAUGUUGGCAAACUGAUGUUCACUUCCAGAGGCAUUUCGUACUUGUUUUUUUUUUAAAUUAAAUACUGUU